AUGGUGUGGGGAAGGAAGAUAGAGGAUGGCACCUAUAAUCAUGGCGAAAGACUUGAGGUGACUGAAGAUUUCGUACGACCCAUUUCAGUUUUAACUGCUGUUCUCAUUUCUCGCAUUGCUAAACUAAUUGUUAUUCAUGUUCUGGCAGCUCCAGUCCAUCAGAUGCGGCAGUAUUAUCGGCUUGGUUCCCUUGAUAACUGUUCUCAGAAAUGGAAUGCUCUUUUUGAUUGUUUAAAUCUGAAAACAAAGCGACCUUCUGAGGUGGAGGAAAUUCUAGAAAUGCGUGAAAAAGCCAAGCCCCACUUCUGGACUCUCCGGACACCAGAAGAAGCCGCAUCUCAGUGGGAAGAACUCUUUGGUCAUUUGGAUGAAGUUGAAUGACACAGAUCGAUCCAGAGUUUCGUUUUUCUUUCCUGUUGCAUCCUCAUUGGUUUUGUUCCCGAAAACUAUUUUUUGUUUUCAAAAUUUUAAAAACAUCAAAAAUUUGUUUGUUUAGUAUUUUUGUUCUCAAAUUUUUGGGAAAAUAUGAGAAUUGGAGCAAAAAAAUAG